AUGGCGACGUUUGAAGAGUGCGAAAGCAAAAUUCAGAAGCUGUCUGAUAAACUUAAAUCAAUUCUUCCUCUUGACCCUGAAAAUGUAAAGUCUUUCGUAUUAAAUGGGCAGGGAGUAAACAUUGUUGUACAAGCGAGUUCAGAAUUCGAGGCGGCAGUUAGUUUUGGAUAUGGUUUAUGCUAUUUUGGCUUUAUAGACUCGAACACAAAAUCCGUUUCGUUCGUUUGCGAGGACGAAGAAGGUCGAAUUUUUUAUUACGAUCUUUUUAAUGAAGGAGAAUUCAAAGACCUGAUAGUUGUUAAGUCUUUAUUCGCUGGGAGAGCCGACGAAAAUGUGGAACGUGAAAAUAAUACUUCAGCAAGUCAACUCGGCGAGAAAGUCAGAUCAGAACCAGCUGCUGAUAUAAACAAUUUGGACCAAUGCGUGAACACUAUUUCAAAUGACUUAGAGGAGCUAUUAAACAGGACAUUUAACAAUUAUUUUGGAUUCGAUAACUUUAGACCACUUCAGAAAGAAAUAAUUACUGCAACAUUGAGAAGAGAAAAUGUUCUUGGAGUUUUGGGAACGGGCAGUGGGAAAUCAUUGACUUUUAUGCUACCAGCUGUGCUUGCAUCCCGGCCAACGCUUGUUGUUUCACCUACAAAAAGCCUUAUUGAUGACCUUGUGAUUCGUUGCCAAGAUUUAAAUAUUUCCUGUUGCAAAUUCACUGGAAGUGUACCGUUGACUGUCCAAAAUGAACAGUUAGACAAAUUACCACAAUUUAAACUUAUUUUUACAACACCAGAAAUGCUGUAUGAAGGAUGUCUCAAGGAGAAAUUUGAAACUAUUGAGAUUGAAAGACUUGUUUUUGAUGAAGCCCACACAAUAUCAUCUUGGGGCGAUACAUUUAGACCAGUAUAUAAGGUUGUAUGUCAGAAACUGAGUGGUCUUGAAUGUCCAAAACUUUUGUUGAGUGCGACAGUUCCAGAGUUUCAAGUGGCAGUUCUGAAAGAAAUGUUUGGAAGUGUAACAGUUCUGCGAGAAACAGUAUUCCAGAAUAAUCUUUUCAUUGAAGUUAAGGAUCGGCAAUGUAAUACCAAGUUUUAUGACGAGUUGUAUUCAUACAUAAAAGAUCAAGCAUCAUGUGGCAUAAUAUAUUGUGUUCUCUCAAAUGAUGUCACUAAAAUCCACUCUGAACUAGUGAAACGAGGUUUGAACUGUGUGAAAUAUCAUGGUAAGUUGUCUGAGAGUGUAAAGGAGUCAAGCUUUUCAAAAUGGAUUAGUGGUGAAGUAAAUGUAAUCAUUGCAAAUUCUUCUUUUGGUAUGGGCAUCGAUAAACGAGACGUUCGAUAUGUUGUCCAUGUCAAGUUGCUAACCAGUAUUGAUGAUUAUUACCAACAAGUUGGAAGGGCUGGCCGUGAUGGAGAACCCGCAACCUGCUGCAUAUAUCACAAAUAUAGUGAUAGAACUGCUUUAAUUAGCAUGUUCAAGCACCAUGAUAAUUUUGACCAGCAGUACAAGGCACUUAGUGAUAUUGUCAUUUGUCUUGAAGACCCUGUACAAUGCAGACAUAAAAUAAUUAGAACAUAUUAUGGUGAAAAAUGUGAUGGUUUUACAUGUAACACAAGUUGUGAUAACUGCCGCAGCAGGGGAAAGUAUGUAACAGCUGAUGGAACAACAGAUGCCUUAAACGUUAUUCGGGCAGUAAUUGAACUUACAGGCAAGAAAUUAAGUGGAAACACUCUUAAGUUGUUUUUGGCUGGAAGUAGGCAGAAAUGUAUCCUAGAAAGUAACCUGGACAGCUUUUUAAACUUUGGUGUGCUGAGCAAGCAAUUUGUUCCUGUUAUCCUUCUUGAGAAAUUCAUACACUUACUUAUUUACAAAGAUAUUUUGUCAGAAACUGUAGAAACAAAGAAAAAUAGUGUAUCCAUAUCCAUUUGUCUAGGACCAAAUGCACAUAACCUGUUGGCUUCUACUGUAUAUGUCCCAAAGUAUGAAAAACUUUAG